AUGUUGAGGCAUGGAGUUCAUAGAAAGACAUGCAAGAUUACUUAUGGUUCUGGUUCAAUAUCUGGUUACUUCAGCGAAGAUAAUGUUUUCAUUGAGGCAACACGUGAGUCGGCUCUCGCUUUCUUAUUGGCAAAGUUCGAUGGCAUUCUUGGACUUGGCUUUCAGGAAAUUUCUGUCGGGAACUUUCCACUGAAUUGGUCUACCAUGGCUGAUCAGAAUUUAAUGGAUGAGAAAAUUUUCUCGUUCUGGCUCAACAGAGAUGCAGACGAUGAAGAUAGAGGUGAGCUUGUAUUUGGUGGUGUUGAUCCCCAGCAUUUCAAAGGCAAUCACAGUUAUGUUCCUAUUAGUCGCAAAGGAUACUGGCAGUUUGACAUGGGGGAUAUUCGUAUAGGAGGCUAUUCAAGUGGCUAUUGUGCUGGAGGGUGUGCUGCAAUUGCAGACUCUGGAACAUCCUUGUUGGCAGGACCAACUGCUAUUGUGACUGAAAUCAACCAUGCAAUAGGUGCACAAGGGGUCAUCAGUGCAGAAUGUAAAGAAGUUGUCAAAGAGUAUGGUGAUAUAAUAAUCGUUCUGUUAAUAGCACAGACACGACCUGAUAAGAUCUGCAGCCAGAUUGGUUUGUGCCUUUUCGAUGGAUCUCAGUAUGUUGGCACGGCCAUUGAGAGUGUAGUCGGGAAAGCAGAGAAAGAACAGUCAUCGGCUAAUUCAGAUAUUUUCUGUACUGCUUGUGAGAUGGCUGUUGUGUGGAUGCAAAAUCAGCUGAGGUUGAAUGAAACUAAGGAGUUGUUACUGAAGUAUGCCAACCAGCUAUGUGAAAAACUACCAAGCCCCAUGGCCAUGGGAGAAAUAACUGUUGAUUGUGAUAAGAUAGCAGAAAUGCCUGAAAUUUCAUACACAAUUGGAAGCAAGACCUUUGCCCUAACUCUAGAACAGAUAAAGAUCAAAUAUGUGCUGAAAGUUGAGGAACUAGAAGUAACUCAAUGUUUAAGUGGAUUUAUGGCUGAGACGGGCCGGUUACGGCUUCUGGACACAGAUGUCUUUUGCUCAACUGAUAUGAUGUCUUUAAUCAUAAACAACAAAAAGACUUCAAUAAUUCACAACAUAUACAAGAGCUCCAUAAUCAACAGAACCAGAGAAACAAAUGAUCAGAGGAGGAUAGGUGAUGUCGAUGAAGUAAGAGGAGACUCAGGUGCCACUGGAGUUGUAACUAUUGGUAAAGUAGGAGCUGGAGUGGAUGAGGGUUCCUAA